AUGCUCCAGUUAAGAUGCUCUCGAGCAAACUGUAGCCGAGCUUGCCGGUGGCCUGCAGUCAAUUUGGGGCCCGUUGCAGGCCUUUUUGGAGUCAGGUUGGCUUCCUUCAGACUUCUUCUUGCUAUCCACUCGCUGACAGCUAUACCUCGAACACGUCUCAGCUCGCCCUGCACGUCGACACCCGUAAGGUGCCGAUUUCGCAGGGAGGUUGAGACAAUGAAACGGUCGUCUCGUUCAGAAGUACAACGGUUGCGGCUGGUUGUUGGUCUCCGAGUGAAUGCUCCAGUCUCUUGUCUAUCGUCUGUAUACUCGGGAUACAGCAGAUUGACUCAAGUGAAGCUGGGAAGCGACUACUCGCUGACUGAGUCCUUGUUGCAAUAA